CCUGACCUCGCUCCGCAGCAGGGAAUGGCUGUGCCGGAGCUGUGAUCCCAGCCCAGCCCCACAGCGGCCCAUGGAAGGGAAAAUCUCUCCGACCACGGCAUCGCCCAGCUCCCUCCAUGCCUCCACAGCCAGCAGCAUCUUCAGCAUCCGGCCCCCGCAGCCUCGGGAGAACGUCCUCGGCAUCAGCUUCAAGCCCUACAGCCCCGAUUCCAUCCCGGCCCCGGUCCCGUGCGCAGCCUGUGAGAGCACACGAUCCUCCAUGUUCAGAGCUCCCUGCAUGAGCCAGCGGCGGCUCGCGCUCAUCUUCUGCGUCUCCGUCCUCAUCGUGCUGAUCGUCGCCCUCAUCCUGCUGUUUAUGUUCUGGCGGUCGCAGACCGGCAUCGUGUACAAGGAGCCCGCCGAGACCUGCAAGGACAACCCCGUGCGCUGUGACGGCGUGGUGGACUGCUCCCAGAGGAGCGAUGAGCUGGGCUGCGUGCGGUUCAGCUCCGACCAGUCCUUGCUCCACGUUUACUCCAGUGCUGAGAGCCAGUGGCUGCCGGUGUGCAGCAGCACCUGGGACGAGUCCUUCUCUAGAAAGACCUGCCGGCAGCUGGGCUUCCAGAACGCGUCGCAGACAGAAUACAUCCCCCUGCACAUCUCUGGCAAGAGCCUCACGGUGACGGAUGAGCGGGACACCAUCCAGCAGAGCCUCAACAGCUCCCAGUGUCUGACAGGGAAAUUCGUCUCCCUGCGGUGUACAAGUAAGCGGGCUGUCCAGCAAGGCAUGAGGACGAGGGCAGCAUGUGGGCAGAGGAUUUCAGGCCGAAUCAUCGGAGGGAAGGAAACCUCGGUGAGCAAAUGGCCCUGGCAGGUCAGCGUGCAGUACGGGCCCGUCCACAUCUGCGGCGGCACCAUCAUCGAUGCGCAGUGGGUGCUCACCGCCGCGCACUGCUUCUUCAUGAACAGCAUGAAGAUCCUUGAUGACUGGAAGGUGUACGGCGGGGUGUCAGACCUCAAGCAGCCCAUGGAGGGCAUCCCCGUCUCCCAGGUCAUCAUCAACUCCAACUACAGCGAUGACCACGAUGACUAUGACAUUGCUCUCAUGAAGCUCUCCCGACCGCUGACGCUCUCAGCUCAGGUUCGACCUGCCUGCCUCCCCAUGCACGGCCAGCGGUUCCAGACCGGCAGGUCCUGCUUCAUCACCGGCUUUGGGAAGACCAGGGAGAACGAAGCUCUGCAGAAGGUGUGCGAGAAGCAGCAGCUUGCUCCCUCCUACAGCGGGGGGCCGAGGCUGGCCCUGCCCGACGGCUCCUCCUGCCUUGCAGAUAACACCUCCCCAAAGCUGAGGGAGGCAGAAGUCAAACUCAUCGACUACAAGAUCUGCAACAGUGACAAGGUGUACGAGGGCUACCUGACCCCGCGCAUGAUGUGCGCUGGGUACCUGCAGGGGGGGAAGGAUGCAUGCCAGGGGGACAGCGGGGGGCCCCUGGUGUGUGAGGACAACGGCCGCUGGUAUGUGGCUGGCGUGACGAGCUGGGGGACGGGAUGCGGCCAGAAGAACAAGCCUGGGGUUUACACGCGUGUGACGAAACUCCUUGGCUGGAUCUACAGCAAAAUGGAGAGCGAGAACAACUGAAGCCAGGCUGGAACCUGUGCAGCAGCACCGGCUGGCACCGGCCCCUCGCUCCUCCUGUCACCAGGGCACGGUGUAUCAGCUGCUGUCCCUGCUCCUCCGGGCUGCCCAUGCAAUUGGGGACCUGCAGCUGCCUGGACUGCGCCAACGCAGCACCUGCAGAACACCUCUGUCCUGCUGAGGACAUGGAGAUGUCUCUGUCCGGGCCUCAGUCUGUGCUGAAUGUGCCCACUUGGAGCUGCCGUCUCAGCUGUGGCCCCUGGCCUGCAAACAGAGUUGCCAGGACCAUGUGUCCUUGAAUGUGGGCACAGCCAGAAGAUGUGGGGCUGCUGCCCAUCCCUGCAACUGAGAGCCAGGAGCAGAAAGCUGCAGGUGCCUGUGGUGAGUGAGCCCCUUCCUCUGCUCGCUGCGGGGACAGCCGAGCAAAGGGGAGCCCCAUGGGGCAGCUGAAGCACCUGCUGGGAGGAGGAACGGUGGUUGCUCUCACAUUUGCAUAUGGAUUUAGGAAGUGUCUUUCAAAUGAAGUGCUUCCCCAGCAGAGAAACACCCAUUUAUUUAUUUUUGUAUGCCCUGGAAGCACACACUGCUGGGACUUUGCGCAGCCACUCUCAGCUCCCUGCCUGCCCUGUUGGGCAGCAGCGCAGGGCUGUUCUACUCCUGUGGGCAGCAGGGCCAUUCUGUGACACGUGACAGAAGCCAGCAGCAGAUAUAGAGUAGCACCCAGCCCCAUGUUAGCCCCAGCAUCUCCCAGCUCCAUGGCCAGUGCCAGGUGCUGGAUUUGUCUCAGCGCUGCACGCAGUCCAUAGAGGACGCACAGAUGUCUCAGAGCAGACGUGUCAAGGUGUGUGCACGCUGGAUGGAGGCAGGCUGCUGCUCUGCUGAGGCUGUACCCGGAGCUGCAGGGGGUCCUGGUGCUCCUGGGUGCCCCACACUGUUCUCAAUAAAUGUUUCAGUAGUG